AUGGAACAACACAUCAUAGAACAAAAGAUGGAACAAUACAGCAUAGAACAAAAGAUGGAACAACACAUCAUAGAACAAAAGAUGGAACAACACAUCAUAGAACAAAAGAUAAAACAACACAUCAUAGAACAAAAGAUGGAACAACACAGCAUAGAACAAAAGAUGGAACAACACAUCAUAGAACAAAAGGGACAAAAGAUGGAACAAUACAUCAUAGAACAAAAGAUGGAACAACACAUCAUAGAACAAAAGAUGGAACAAUACAUCAUAGAACAAAAGAUGGAACAACACAUCAUAGAACAAAAGAUGGAACAACACAUCAUAGAACAAAAGAUGAAACAACACAUCAUAGAACAAAAGAUGGAACAACACAUCAUAGAACAAAAGAUGGAACAACACAUCAUAGAACAAAAGAUGGAACAACACAUCAUAGAACAAAAGAUGGAACAACACAUCAUAGAACAAAAGAUGGAACAACACAUCAUAGAACAAAAGAUGGAACAACACAGCAUAGAACAAAAGAUGGAACAAUACAUCAUAGAACAAAAGAUGGAACAACACAUCAUAGAACAAAAGAUGGAACAACACAUCAUAGAACAAAAGAUGGAACAACACAUCAUAGAACAAAAGAUGGAACAACACAUCAUAGAACAAAAGAUGGAACAACACAUCACAGAACAAAAGAUGGAACAACACAUCAUAGAACAAAAGAUGGAACAAUACAUCAUAGAACAAAAGAUGGAACAACACAUCACAGAACAAAAGAUGGAACAACACAUCAUAGAACAAAACAUGGAACAACACAUCAUAGAACAAAAGAUGGAACAACACAGCAUAGAACAAAAGAUGGAACAACACAGCAUAGAACAAAAGAUGGAACAAUACAUCAUAGAACAAAAGAUGGAACAACACAUAGAACAAAAGAUGGAACAACACAUCAUAGAACAAAAGAUGGAACAACACAAGAUGAUAUGA